AUGGUUUUGUCCAAGAUCGCCUCGCAGUCCGAUGUCUCGGUCCACUCGACUUUCGCAUCGCGCUACGUUCGCGAUUCUCUCCCUAGGUUUAAGAUCCCGGAGAACUCGAUACCGAAAGAGGCGGCUUACCAAAUCAUAAACGACGAGCUUAUGCUCGACGGGAAUCCGAGGCUGAACUUGGCGUCGUUCGUGACGACGUGGAUGGAGCCCGAGUGCGAUAAGCUCAUCAUGGCCUCCAUUAACAAGAACUAUGUGGACAUGGAUGAGUACCCUGUCACAACUGAGUUGCAGAACCGUUGCGUGAACAUGAUCGCUCACCUCUUCAACGCGCCCCUCGGCGAGAGCGAGGCCGCUGUCGGGGUCGGGACUGUGGGCUCUUCGGAGGCCAUAAUGUUGGCGGGCCUCGCCUUCAAGAGGAAGUGGCAAAACAAGAUGAAGGCCCUAGGGAAGCCCCACGACAAGCCCAACAUCGUCACUGGAGCCAACGUCCAGGUCUGCUGGGAGAAAUUCGCCCGCUACUUUGAAGUCGAGCUCAAGGAGGUGAAGCUCAGGGAGGGGUACUACGUGAUGGACCCGGAGAAGGCGGUCGAGAUGGUUGACGAGAACACCAUUUGUGUCGCCGCAAUUCUCGGGUCCACACUCAAUGGCGAGUUUGAGGAUGUCAAGCGCCUCAACGAUCUCUUGGUCGAGAAGAACAAGGAAACAGGGUGGGACACACCAAUUCAUGUGGAUGCAGCUAGUGGUGGAUUUAUUGCUCCAUUUUUGUACCCCGAAUUAGAGUGGGACUUUAGAUUGCCAUUGGUAAAGAGUAUCAAUGUGAGUGGGCACAAGUAUGGGCUUGUCUAUGCCGGUAUUGGGUGGGUCAUUUGGAGGAGCAAAGAUGAUUUGCCCGAAGAAUUGAUCUUCCACAUUAACUAUCUUGGGGCGGAUCAGCCCACAUUCACACUCAAUUUCUCCAAAGGCUCUAGUCAAGUCAUUGCUCAAUAUUAUCAACUCAUCCGAUUAGGCCACGAGGGUUAUCGAAACAUUAUGGAGAAUUGCCAAGAAAACGCGAUGGUCCUCAAGGCGGGUCUCGAGAAGUCGGGGAGGUUCAACAUUGUGUCAAAGGACGAUGGGGUCCCGCUCGUGGCCUUUAGCCUCAAGGACAACACGCGCCACAACGAGUUCGAGAUAUCGGACAUGCUCCGGAGGUUCGGGUGGAUCGUGCCCGCGUACACGAUGCCCCCGGACGCGGAGCACAUCACGGUGUUGAGGGUCGUGAUAAGAGAAGAUUUCUCGAGGACGCUUGCGGAGAGGCUCGUGAUGGACAUCGAGAAGGUGAUGCACGAGCUCGACUCGAUGCCGUCGAGGAUGGCGGAGGAGGUGGAGGGUGGUGGCCGUCCGCCGAUCCCGAAGAAGACGGGAGUCGAAGUGCAGAGAGAGGUUAUGGCGACGUGGAUCAAGUUCGUGGCCGAUAGGAAGAAGACCAAUGGGGUGUGCUAG